CAUUCAAGUGCAUACAAGGAAUACACGUAUUACCUACGGACACAUUACCGCACAUUUGCUGUCUGGAUAUACAAUGAGGAUCAAUCAUUUCAGUCUCUUUGUGAUACUGUGUUUGGGAGUCCAUAGGUCAGCUGGAAACUGGAUCAUUGAUUCCUUCAGUAUAGAUGAAGGCUACGAUGGAAGAUUCCCAUAUAGUCUUGGUGUAGUUAAAGUUGACAAUAAGCACACCGAAUUCAAGAUACUUGGUCAAGGUGUUGAUGUGGAACCCAAAGGCAUAUUACAAAUCAAUGAAAAAACAGGAGAGGUUACUGUACACGGCCCUGUGGACUAUGAGAAAUACAACGUUUUGAAGUGUACGUUUAAGGCAUAUGAUGUUCUAAAAAAUGUGGUGGACACCAAGUUGGGUAUUGAGAUAGUGAUCAUGGAUGCAAAUGACAAUGCUCCAAAGUUUGAAUUGGCAUUGUACAAAAUCAGCAUAGCAGAAUCAACAAUGCAAGGCACUGAAGUGAUUUCCGUUUUAGCAAGUGACAGUGACUUCACUGAGCACAAUAGGAAGAUUAAUUUUACAAUAGUCUCAGUGAAUCCUCCACCUUCAAAGGACCUGGAGUUCUAUUUAAUCCAUAAGGAUCAAACUGCAGCCAUUUCAUUUCAUGGAUGUCUGGACCAUGAGACAGCAGAUAAAUACACCAUUAUAGUGGAGGCCAAAGACAAUGGAAUAAAAAAACAGCUCUCCAGCUCCACCACUGUCAUCAUCACCAUAGAAGAUGGAAAUAAUCACGUUCCUGAGAUCAUAAAACUAACAGGUACAGGGAAAGUGAAAGAAGGUAUGGAAAAUGUUCUUGUUUCACGUCUGCAUGUUAAAGACGCAGACACCAAAGGUACAAUGGCCUGGAAAGCGCUAUAUAGAAUCCAUGGAGAUACACACAACUACUUCAAGAUAAGUACAGAUCCUGAGACAAACGACGGACUACUGUAUGUGCAAAAGCAUCUAGACUUCGAAGACAAUCCUCUAAAGAACGUGACUAUCAGUGUGGAGAAUGAAAUCUCUUCUCACUCUUGCCGGUUAAUCAGUCGCAGUAAAACUGGUGAAUGGGAAGUACAAAUGAGUGCUGGUGCCAAAGUUGGUGGUUUCUCUAUUUCUGGUGACACUAUUACUGGUAUCUCUAGUACAGGUACCACAAUUUAUGGUACUAGUGCCAGCAGCACUUUUUCUGGUUUUAGUGGUGGGAUUGUGGAGACACUAGGUAUCUCAACCUAUGUAGUCACAGUGACUGUGGAGGAUGUCAACGAGGCUCCAAUCUUCGACAAAUCUAAACUACAAGUUACACUGAGUGAAUUUGUUAAAGUGGGAUAUUAUCUGGAGACAGUGACAGCAAAAGACCCGGAUGUCAACAGUGGAAACACAUUUAAAUACAUCAUUGGACACGAUCCAGCUCGAUGGAUUGCAGUGGACCCUGUGACAGGAAAAAUAACCACAGCAAAGAAUAUAGACCGAGAGUCGACAUUUGUGGUAAACAAUAUCUAUAACGCCACAGUACUUGCUGUUGACAAUGGCAAACCUCAAAUGACAGGUACUGCGACUCUGAGCAUCAGAAUUACAGAUGAGAAUGACAACACUCCAUUCCUGACUAAAAGCACAAUUGAUAUGUGCCAGUCUGAUGGACCCUCUCUGGCCAACAUCACAGCUGUGGACUUGGAUGAAGAUCCCUAUAGUGGACCUUUCACCUUCAAGCUUCUCGGAGAUGUUGAGGGCAAGUGGAGAUUAGAAUCUAGUCAAGGGUAUUCAGUCAACCUGGUGAAAGAGAGCACGGUUCAUUCCGGAAUAUCUGACCUGUUGGUGCAAGUGUUUGACCUCCAGGAGGAGAAUGCUGUCCACAACCUGACAGUCACUGUGUGUAACUGCGUAAACCCAGCGAUGCCACACUGUACGAAUAGACAAGCUGUAAGCUCCACACCAGGUGCAGGACUACUUGGAUUAAUUUUUCUCAGCAUACUACUGAUUGCAGUAUUGCUACUUUUGGCUUUUCUGGUGUCAUGUAAGAAAAGGACUUUACCAUUUCCGGAUGAACCAAUGGGACAGGGACUCAUAAAAUGUAACAUUGAGAAACCAGGAACUGACUGCCAAGUGAUAUUUGAGGACCUAACUGACGGUCAAAAAAUAGUUACAGGCACAGAGCAGAAUAAAUUAAAGGGCAAUGCAAACACCCUACUCAUAACAGAACAACAGCGAAGGGACUACUUGCAAUGGUUAAAGGGCAAUUCAAACACCCUAAGCAUAACAGAACAACAGCGAAGGGACUACUUGCAAUGGCUUAAUCUUCAGAGUACAAUGGACUUAGCAACUGGAACAUCACAAGACCACUGGCGAAAGUUCUUGUUGGAACAACAACAUUACAACGGUUUUACACGUAGGAAUUCUACGCGUUGGACAAUGGGUGGAGUAUCAACAAUGAAGGGGAAAUAUCAGGACAAAUACUUCAGACAGAAAUGGGCAGCACAAUAUUCUGCAGAAAAUGAGAUUGCUGUCCACCGUGAAAUUCUGUUCAAAGUACUAAAUAAGGCCCAGCACACUCUUGAGGCACCAGGAGAGGAGUUGGGUGAUUAUGCUCCUCAUGUCUAUGCUGAAGAAGGAGACACAGAGACCCUCUAUGAGCUUGAUGCCAUCUCCAUUGCUGACACUUCCUUUGACCUAGACUUGGACCUGAAUCAGAAUUACAAGUUUAAUACUCUGGCUUCCAUCUGCAUGCCUUGUGAAAGUGCGGCCUGUAGUGCAAAUACUUACUAUGUAUUGGAAACAUUUAAUACAGCGACUGAGAUCCAAACUGAAAGCCAAAACACCAACAUGAACACUCAACUACUCAGUACCAAUUGUAUUUUUGAUCAAGUUAUCAAUCCUACAUUCUAAAGGUUACUUGGAUACAGUAUAACGAGGCACUUUUUGCAUAAUCUAAAAUCACUAUCAAAAGUUAUGCUAUCCUUAGCUACAUUUGAAUCAUUCCUUUGCCUUCUCUAGAGUCUCUGUCAAUGCUGGCAGACACAAGACCACAGUUCAUAAGGCAGGUUAUCCCUUCAGAGUCUGUGCUUUGUGUUACAUGUAAAACUAAAAAAGAAAAACUGUUACAUUUAUUUUGGAGUUGGCCAACAUUGUGAUUUUUAUUUAUUUAUAUGUUUUUGUUGUAUGCAGCGGGAAUACGUGUCUUGACUAAUGUACUUAUCGAGUAUGUGGACUAUUUGGAAUACUUGAGGACAAACUGAAUGUAAAUCUCUUCCUUCUUGGCAACAAGCAUGCAGAGUCAGAGAAAGGAAACAAGUCUCACUAACUGGAAAAACUGCUGUCUACCACAUUUGUAUUCAGUUAAACUUGGUUUGUUUUUGUUUGUUUAUUCCAUUAAUUCAUACAAAAGAUAAAAUUUUUUCAGUUUAGGGUUUAAGUUUUUUAGUCUUUAGUUCUGUAGGGUCUUUGGUUCAUGUUGGGUAUUUUGUAUGUUUUAAUUGUAUCUGCUUCGUGAUUUAUGCAGUCAUGUUGUUUUUCAUAUGUUCGAGUUUUAACAUUGUUGCAAUACACUAUAUUUAGGUGGAGGUUUUGGAUAAUUAGAUUUAAUGCCUCUCCCUGCACUGUUUGUUCGUUAUCCUUGUUGUUUUUGUGUGUUUUUUUGAAAGUGGAAAAUAAAAUUUGAAACUUGUGAGGGAAAAAAGACACCAGAUUCUGAUUAUGGAAAAGAAAUGAGAAAAAAGGCAUGUCAGGGUGUGUCUCCUGCAGCUAUGUGUGUUCAUGCAGGAGCUUCAGUGUGGGUACAUAUCCACUUCUCUGCAAUAAAAACUUGUAAUGACACUGCCUGAACCACACCCCAUUAACCAUGUAUUUUAAGUUUUAAUAUGGUUAAUAUAGAUAUAUAUUUAAGGUUUUCUAAAUUGGUGUGACUCUCACCUUAUGCAUUCACAAAUCUGGAAUUGCUAUAUGGACACUGAAUAUGUUGUUGACUUUAUUUAUCCACAUAAUUUUUGGGUGGUUCAUUCAACAUAAAUGAGAUUUUAAUUGUGUUUCUGUGUGAUAAAUGAGAGAGCGAGAGAGAGGCAUAGAAAGACCAGAUAUCUCUGUUCUGGGUCUUGAUAUGUGGAAGUUCUUACCUAUAAAUCUCAAAAUGCAUCAUAAAAAUUGGUCAUUUUAGCCUCAAGGUAAAACACAUUUAGAGGGGAAUGUAGUCAAGAUUAGACGUGUUUUAGUGCUGAUGUUUGUCAAAUCAACUGCUACUAUUUUUUCAAGCGUGUUUCGUAUUGCUUAAAUGGUGUAAAAAAAAAAAGAAAGAAGAGAAGGUGUAUAUGUGUAUGCAUUGCUGCAUCUUGUGGCUGUGUGUGCACAUGCUAAUUUUCUGACAUAAAAAAAAAAGGAAUGUAAAAAUGAUACCUAGCUGUUCCUCACCCUAUAUAUUAUGUAUGUGUGGUUUAUUCAACAAAAAUCUGGUUUAAAUUGUGUUUUAGUCUCUGUGCCGGGCUCGAUAUGUGGAAACUCUUACCUACAAAGCUCAAAACGGAUCAUGGAAGAUUAGAUCAUUUUGACUUCAAGUUAAAAGCAUUUACAGAGAAAUGUGGUCAUAAUAAAAAUAUGUACUCAACAGUC